AUGCACGUCUUUCGCCCCUUCUUUCUGCUCGCCUCGCUCGCCGCAGCUGCUGCGGCGCAGUCCACCAUCACUCUGGCGUCCACGGCGGGAGUGCCGGCUACCCAGAACGUCGGCAACGGCGACAGCACGGCCACCUUCGCGGCCCCCAGCUCCUCUACAGCCUCUUUCGCCUCCGCUCCUUCCAGCACACCUGUGGCCACGCCCUCGGUGACGCUGACGGGCUCCGAGCUCUCGGCAUACGAGGCGUCGAUCUCGACGCGCAACGCGCAGGUGUCGGGCAUGACGGGCAUCGGCAACAUCAUCGGCAUCUCCUCCCUCGGACCCGGCUAUGCCGAGUCCACCAGCAACACUGCCUCCGCAGCGGCGUCGAGCUCCAGCGGCAGCAGCGGCAGGACCGACGGCGCCGUGGGCGCAGCGUCGAGCGGCGUGGCGGCGUGGGCCGGGCUCGGCUUCGCGGCUGUGGUUGCUGCAGUCGUGCUCUAA